GUUGUCAGUAGUUUUUGAUUAAUAUGUUAUGCAUAUGAACAGUAUUGCAGAUAACCUCCCUGUGGCCACGCGGCUGGAGCUUUACCCAAACAAAGAGGAAGGAAUGGAAGAGGAACAGAAGAAGGACACACAGAAGGAUAUCCAGUUUGAGCAUGGCUACAGACUCGGCUUCACCGAAAACAACAAGUUCUAUUUGCACAACCAUCUGUCAUUCAUCCUGUACUUUCACAAAGAAAGGGUGGAGGAGGAUGUCGAACACAAUUACAGAGUUGUACGUUUCGAGGUGAUGCCAAAGAGUGUAAAAUUAGAAGGUAAGUCACCAGCAAUGCAAGGAAAUGUAAAAUUAAAAUAGUGAAACAUGGUGAUAGAUG